AUGCCAGAAUCCCGCACUCUGUAUGAUCUUGGUCACGAUGAUGACGGCGAAAAGUGGGCCGGAGGACGACUCAGCAAUGUACUACGAGACACGCAGACCGAGGGCGUUGUGGUAGUUGCGCGUUGGUACGGCGGGCAGAACAUCGGUCCCAUACGUUUUACGCAUAUUGAAAACAGCGCUAAAGAAGCUAUUUGGAAAUGGAAAGUCGCCGAUACUGACAUUAAGAAAGAGCAGGCCUCCAAGAAACAAAGAGUUGACGAAGAAGCUAAGCGGGAAGAGCUGGUGAAGAACUUACAGGAAAGGGAUUACAACAUCUUUGCGCUGAGGAAAUUGUUGAGUCAGAAGAAGGGGCAGUUGCAGGAUGAGGAGCCUGCGCCGCCGACGCCGCAGAAGACGCAGGACUAUGGGAAGAUGACUAUGGAUGCGUUGAUGAGGGUGGAUAAAGCGAGGGAUGCUACGAUUGCGUUCAUUUUGAAGCAAAUUGAUAAGAUCGAUGACGAGCUUAAGCUUGUGGAAGCGUUGGAGGACGGCACGCAGGGGGCAGAAGAGGGGGGAAAGGCUGGAGAGGCAAAGCCUUCGACGCCAAAGUGA